AUUAUGUAAACACAUAUCUAUUGACUACAAUUAGACUUCUUCGUUUACUCUCUCUCUCUCUCUCUCUCUCUGACUUACACAUUUACUUAUCUUCUUCUCUCUGUCAACCAACUUUGCUCUCUUCUCUCACUAUGAAGAGUUUCAACACCGAUCAACACGGUCACUCCGCGGCGGAAUCCGCCGACGUCUACGCCAUGUCCGAUCCCACAAAGAACGUUGAUGACGAUGGCCGAGAGAAGAGGACGGGGACGUGGCUUACGGCGAGUGCGCAUAUUAUCACGGCGGUGAUAGGCUCAGGAGUGUUGUCGUUGGCAUGGGCCAUAGCUCAGCUUGGUUGGAUAGCAGGGACUUUGAUUCUGAUCAUUUUCUCGUUUAUCACGUACUUCACUUCUACGAUGCUCGCUGAUUGCUACCGUGCGCCGGAUCCCCUCACCGGAAAACGAAACUACACUUACAUGGACGUUGUUCGAUCUUACCUCGGUGGUAGGAAAGUGCAGCUUUGUGGAGUGGCACAGUAUGGGAAUCUGAUAGGAAUCACUGUUGGGUACACCAUCACUGCUUCUAUUAGUUUGGUAGCGAUCGGGAAAGCGAACUGUUACCACAAUAAAGGGCACCAUGCAGAUUGUACAAUAUCAAACUAUCCAUAUAUGGCGGCCUUCGGGAUCAUUCAAAUCCUUCUUAGCCAGAUCCCCAACUUUCACAAGCUCUCUUUUCUCUCCCUUAUGGCUGCGGUUAUGUCUUUCGCUUACGCAAGUAUUGGGAUUGGCCUAGCCAUCGCGACGGUCGCAGGUGGGAAAGUGGGUAAGACGAAUAUGACGGGAACGGUGGUAGGAGUUGAUGUAACUGCGGCUCAGAAGAUAUGGAGAUCGUUUCAAGCGGUUGGAGACAUAGCGUUUGCAUAUGCUUACGCCACGGUUCUCAUUGAGAUUCAGGACACAUUGAGAUCUAGCCCAGCAGAGAACAAAGCUAUGAAAAGAGCAAGUUUUGUGGGAGUAUCAACCACCACUUUCUUCUACAUCUUAUGUGGUUGUCUUGGAUAUGCUGCAUUUGGAAACAAAGCCCCUGGAGAUUUCCUCACCGAUUUCGGAUUCUACGAGCCAUUUUGGCUCAUUGACUUUGCAAACGCUUGCAUUGCUUUCCAUCUCAUUGGUGCCUAUCAGGUAAAACCAAAUCCAAAAGGAGAAAAAGAUUGUUUUGUUUUUGAACUUUCUCGCAGUUUAGCUAAUGAAAAAGAAACAUACUUCUUGCAGGUGUUCGCGCAGCCCAUAUUCCAGUUUGUUGAGAAGAAAUGCAAUAGAAACUGGCCUGACAACAAGUUCAUCACAUCUGAAUAUUCAGUAAACAUACCAUUCCUUGGAAAAUUUAACAUCAACCUCUUCAGACUAGUGUGGAGGACAGCUUAUGUGGUUAUAACAACUUUGGUAGCUAUGAUAUUCCCUUUCUUCAACGCCAUCUUGGGUCUUAUCGGAGCAGCUUCCUUCUGGCCUUUAACGGUUUAUUUCCCCGUGGAGAUGCACAUAGCACAAACUAAGGUUAAGAAAUACUCUCCUAGAUGGAUUGGGCUGAAAAUGUUGUGCUGGGUUUGCUUGAUCGUCUCCCUGUUAGCCGCUGCUGGAUCCAUCGCUGGACUGAUAAGUAGUGUCAAGACAUACAAGCCCUUCCGGACUAUCCAUGAGUGAGUUUGAGAUCCAUGCAUGAGAGUGAAAAAAUGUAACAGUUUGGUAUUUUCUUUGUAACUGUUUGGUGUCUAAAAUCCAAAUGAAAAUAUUGUAUUGCUUAAAAAGCUACAUGAAUGUCUAUGUAUCAUCCACAACUUUCAGUGUAAUACAUAUGACCCAAUAAUAGCUUUUUCAAAUUU